AUGAUCAAUUAAAAGAUUGAAGAUUAGUAAAAUAUCAGAAUUUAAAAUUGUUUAAAGGCUGAAUAAACAAAGAUAGCUGAUUAGUAAGUGUCUCAUAAUAUAAUUAGAAUUGAUUUUACAGUUUAUGAUUACCUUUAGCCUGAAGUGAUAAAGAAAAUUUGUCUAAUCCAGGCAUAUUGUAGAAUGCUUAUUAAAAAAAAAAAUUAUAAAUGCUUGAAAGUAUGGGCUGUUAAAAGAAGAAAAGUUUAUGAAGAACUCAUAUAAACUGAAACCACAUAUUUGGCUGAUAUGAAAAUUGUUCUUGAAAAAGUAGUAAAAAAUGUGAAGGAAAUGAAGCUAUUACCAGAGAAUGAAAUAUAAAAAGCCUUUAGUAAUAUAAGUUAAAUAUAUGAUUUAAACAAAACCUUUUUAAGAGAAUUAUAAAAAAAGUUAGAGUUUUAUCAUAAUAAUGUAUGUGUAGGUCAAAUAUUUUUAAAGUAUAUUCCUUUUUUUAAGAUGUAUUUUCAAUAUUUGCAAGAGUUCAAUAUCGAUUAAAUAUCAAUUUUAAGAAAUUAGUAUUAAGAUUUCGAUAAUUUCUUAAAAAAUUUAGAGGAAGCUUGUGUAUUUAAGGGUGGCGAUCUGAAUUCAUUUUUAAUAAAGCCUGUUUAAAGAUUACCUCGAUAUUCUUUAUUAAUAACAAGUGUGGUAAAAUACACUUGGAAGGAUCAUCCUGAUUAUUAAGAUUUAUAGAAAACAUUGAACUCCUUCGCUUCUGUGACUCAAUAGAUCGAUUUGCUUAUGGGAAACAUCCUCAAAAAUCAAGCCCUAUUUGAACUUUAAUACAAGUUUUUUAAUCUGAUUAAUGUGCAAAUUGUGGAAUCCACUCGAUAAUUUAUUUUGACUGAGUCUUUAAGUAUUAUUUAUGACGGAAAAGAAGAACCGAUUAAUUUAUAUUUAUGUACAGACCUUAUUGUAUUAACAAAAAUAAAUGAAGAAAAUUAAAAAUAUAUAAAGGAAAGUUUGAUUACUUAUUCAUUUUUGGAUUUAUAAUCUCAUUAUGAAAGUGAGUAAUUGCCUUCUUUAAAUUUUACUUUACUUGCUGGUGAAUAAAAGAUGUGGUUUACUUGUUAAGAUUAAGAAUAAAAAUUAAAACUAUUAUAGGAAUUCGAUGCAAUAUUGGCUAACCUGAAAAAUAAUGCAUCUCUAAGGAGUUUCAAAAAAGCGAAAACAUAAGCUUAUUCUCUAAUUAAAGUUUAAAUAGUAUCCAUAACAAGGGGAUAAGAACUUUUGAAAACCUAUGCUUAGUACAAUAUAACAAUAAUCAAUUAAUCCUAAAGUUACGCAACCUAAACAAGACACAAGGUUCUAUUGAAAUUGCAGAAAAAGCUUUAAAAUGAGUUUUAGAAAGAAUCACAGGAGGAAUUGGGAUCUAGUAUUUUAUUCUAAAAUUGGAUAAAGAAUAGAUUAAACAAGGAGUCAAAUGAUGGAAGGAAAGUAAUUGUUCAGGAGUUCUUGGAAACUUUGUUAAACUCACACUUAGUAAAAACUAGACCUGAAUACUUUCUUCGUAAACUUAAACUACCAUAGGAUUUCUAUGAAAGGAAGGUUAUCUCUUAGAGUAGGUACUAAUCUCUAGCAAAAUCUUAAAUAGGAUGA